AUGACCACGCCGGAAAUCCAUAGUCAUGACUACAAUCGAAGGGAAAGUUCUCAUUCAGAUGGAACUGAAUAUAAAGAACAGACACAAACAACGGUAUACGCUGUCGGUGCAUCCCUGGACACAUUGGAGCCUAUUCCAGAGUAUGAAGGCAGACAUCGCUACGACCCAACGGCAGAAUGGACAGCAAAGGAGGAGAAGAGACUAGUUCGAAAGUUGGACAUGCGAAUCUGCUCAUGGGUCUGCCUCAUGUUCUUUGCCCUCCAGCUGGAUCGAGGAAAUAUCAGUCAAGCGCUCUCAGACAACAUGCUGAAAGAUCUUGGGCUUUCCACGAAUCAAUACAACUACGGAAUGACAAUCUUCUAUGUAUGCUUCCUCUGUGCGGAACUGCCGUCACAGAUGAUAUCCAAGAAGCUCGGUCCAGACGUGUGGAUUCCCAUCCAGAUGGUGUCAUGGAGUAUCGUUGCCGCUUUACAAUGCCUCAUGGUUGGUAAGAAUGGGUACUACGCGACUCGAGCUCUUCUUGGCCUGCUUGAAGGGGGUUUUAUUCCGGAUGUGAUUCUUUAUUUAUCAUACUUUUACAACAGUAAGGAGCUGCCUAUUCGGAUCAGCUAUUUCUAUACGUCCUCGCACAUUACGCCUAUCAUCGCUGCGUUUCUCGCUUAUGGAAUCUUGCAUCUGAGGGGUACGCGAGGAUGGGAAGGAUGGCGAUGGCUGUUUGUGCUGGAAGCUGCCUUGACUGCCAUCGUUGGUAUCCUUUCGUGGUUUUAUCUUCCUCCCAGCCCGACGCAGACGGCAAGUUGGUUUCGAGGAAAGGAUGGAUGGUUCAGUGAGAGGGAGGAGGUGAUCAUGGUCAAUCGAGUGUUGAGGGACGAUCCCAGCAAGGGAGGAAUGCACAAUCGUCAAGGCCUGACAUUGUCGCUUUUAUGGCAAGCCUUGUCCGACUACGACCUCUGGCCAAUCUAUCUCCUGGGCCUGACUCUCCUCCAACCAGUCAACCCUAUCAUGUCGUAUCUGACAUUGAACCUGAAGAAUCUUGGUUUCGACACGUUCGAAACGAAUCUACUCACCAUCCCGGCGUAUGUGCUGUUCGUCAUUCAGCUCGUCAUCUGGACUCAAGUAUCGGAGAAAAUCAACAAUCGGUUCCUUGUCACCCUGUUCUAUUCCGCCUGGGUCUUUCCAUUGAUUCUGGCACUGCGGUUGGUUCCAGCUGAUGUAAAUCUGUGGGUUCGAUAUGCUCUUACGAUCAUGAUUGUGGGAUAUCCAUAUGUUCAUUCUAUUCUUGUCAGUCUUACAUCUCGCAAUGCUGGUUCCGUCCAGACCAGGACAGUCGGCAGUGCAGUCUACAAUAUGUCUGUCCAAUGCAGCAGUAUCAUCUCGUCGAAUAUAUACCGCAAAGACGACGCACCUCUCUACCGUCGAGGUAAUACAGCCAUUCUGGGAAUUAUAGCAUGGAACGCAUUCUUCACCAUUGUCUGCAAGGCAUACUAUAUGUGGCGAAACAAAAGUCGUGAGAGAGUCUGGAAUGCCAUGACUGAAGAGGAGAAACAGAAUUAUCUGACCACAGCCAAAGACAAGGGCAACAAGAGACUUGAUUUUCGAUUCGCGCAUUAGUUGAAGUAAGGAAAACCACGAUUAGAAUGUGCGUGAUCCAUGUGUCAUGUGAAUCACCUAUACAAAGUUGCAUGAAGCAGAUCAAUGAAUAUGAUCAA